UUGCAGGUAACGGCAAAUGUGUUUGUUGAACGGUUUUGCUGCUUUUGCUUAGUUAGUUAGCUGCUUGCAUUGUUUAAAGGCUGAUACGGGGGACGGGUGUUUGCAUAAACAGUAGAAGUGGACGUGCAAUGGUUUAAAAUGUUUGUUAGGUCGUUUUUCGGGCAGCUUAUUUGUGAAAUGUGACGGCUAUUGCAGGCCGGGUGCUAUCAGCGCUCUUUCCUGGGCGUGAACGCCGCACGCGCUCUUGCGUCCGCGGGAUACUUUUCUAUGCGAGACCAACAGAUGCUAACGGCUAAACGUUUUGCUAUCGUCCUCAGGUCCGGCCAAUGAGUGAUCAUGUCUGGGGUAAAGCGUAAAAUAGAGGAUAAAGAUCCUGACUAUGAAGACAUCACUCAGGUGCUGGAGAGCAAGAGGAGUAAGGUGGUGGAACAGAAUGCCUGUGAUGCUGCAGUGCAGAAGAUUGAAGCCAUCAUAAAGGAUCAGUUUUCUCUGGAGAUGAAGAACAAGGAGCAUGAGAUCGAGGUUAUCGGACAGAGGCUGAAUGAAGCCAGGAGAAUGAUGGACAAGCUCAGAGCCUGCAUUGUCGCUAACUACUACGCCAAUGCUGGCCAGCCUAAAGUCCCUGAGGCUUCUAAGAGUGAUCCAUCCGUGUUUAACCACCCUGCCAUAAAGCGCUUUUUGGAGUCCCCCUCACGCUCCUCAUCCCCCCUGAACCAAACCUCAGAGACACCAUCACAGGUCCAGUCUGAGACAGAGUCCCUCAGUCAGCACGGGGAGGCGGGGGAUAGGGAGACAGACAGUGGAAGAGAGGAUGGGACUCCACGUGAACGACGGCCCGGCAGGAAUACAGGAAAGGACACAUUCGGUGUGCCAACAUCCAUAGAGCAGCAUGUGACGUUCCACACUACAGGAGAAGAAGCUUCUCGACUAUACAUGAAGAAAACCAUUGUCGUGGGAAACGUAUCCAAAUAUAUUGCCCCUGAUAAGCGUGAGGAGAACGAUCAGUCCACGCAUAAAUGGAUGGCGUAUGUUCGAGGUUCCCGUAAAGAGCCCAGUAUUGAUCAUUUUGUGAAGAAGGUCUGGUUCUUCCUGCACCCCAGCUACAAGCCCAAUGACCUUGUGGAGGUCAGCGAGCCACCAUUCCACCUCACACGUCGAGGGUGGGGAGAGUUUCCCGUCCGGGUCCAGAUCCACUUUAAAGACCAACGAAAUAAGCGUAUUGACAUCAUUCAUCACUUAAAGUUGGACAGAACGUACACAGGUUUACAGACACUGGGAGCUGAAACGGUGGUGGAUGUUGAACUUCACAGAAGCUCAGUUGGUGAUGACUUCUUCCCUUCUGCCCCUUCAUCGUCAUCAUCCUCUUCUUCCUCUCAUCUGCCAUUUUUGGGCGGGUCUGGGUCCACAGCUCCCCAGGGCUCUCGACGACCCACCUCUCCAUUCCAGCCCUCUAAUGAUGAUCAGUCCAGCACAGAAAAAGUUCCAGGUGUCACUGUCAAGAGUGAAUCCGUGCGUUCGUCUUGUUCAGAACGGACUUCAUCGCAGUCCAGUAGGUCUGACAAAAUUACUCUCGGGUCCCACGGAAACUCAGCGUUUCAGCCGAUCACAGCCAGCUGUAAGAUCAUUCCACAAGGGCAGGUGCCCAGCCCCUCCGAAUCACCUGGGAAAUCAUUCCAGCCAAUCACGAUGAGCUGCAAGAUUGUGUCAGGUUCUCCCAUCUCCACCCCCAGUCACUCUCCUCUCCCCCGAACAUCCACUUCAACACCUGUGCACAUGAAAUCCAGCCCAUCAGUUAUAAACAACCCCUACAUCAUUGUUGACAAACCUGGACAAGUCAUUAAUAUGGCCACAUCCGCAGCUACAGGCAGUCCAUCAGCCAAGCAGAGCAGCACAGCUCAUGGGGCUCGAUCACCUGCCCCUAAGGUUCACACCAGCAGCUUCAUGUCUUCUGGUGUCAAGGUGAUAAUCAAACAAGAACCGGGAGAGGUGCCCACCCAGCCGCCCCCACAGCAACAGGUCGUUUCCACAGCAACAUCCCAGCCUCAGCAACAGUAUGUGACAGUAAAGGGCGGUCACAUGAUUGCCAUGUCACCACAGAAACAAAGUGGGACGGGAACCGGAGGAGCCACACCCAGCAAGGUUCUGGGGAUUCCUCUCGGCUCUGCGGUCAAACAAGUUUCCAUGAGCAGCGGGCAAAUCUUGGUUGCCAAAUCCAGUCCCUCUGUGCCUAAAGUGAUGGGGCAAAAGCAGGUGGUGGCACAGGGCGUUGCCAAGGCAAUUGUUAGUGGUGCAGGCAGCAGUGCAGGUGGUGUCGCAGGACAGCAGGUGCACGCUGUUACCAAGGCAGCGGGCGGGUCCGGAAGCGGCAAGAGUGGAGUUAUGGCAACCCUUCAACUGCCAGCAAAUAAUUUGGCAAACCUGGCCAACCUGCCACCUGGCACCAAGCUCUACUUGACCACCAACAGCAAGAACCCAUCGGGCAAAGGGAAACUGCUGCUGAUACCACAGGGAGCCAUUCUGAGAGCUUCUCACAGCUCAGGUCAGCAAUCUCAGAGUUCUGGUUCGGGGGGUUCUCAGUCCUCCGGUGGAUCUUCAGGUUCUGGCAGCCUGCCAUCUAAUUUAUCCUACACUUCAUACAUCCUUAAGCAGACUCCACAGGGCACUUUUCUGGUUGGCCAGCCAGGGGGCUCUGGGAAACAGAGCUCAAGUGGACAUGUGGCAUCAAGUGCUGGCUCCAGUACCCAGCAAGCCAUUCGGGUCACAGCCGGACAAAAGGCAGCCAUUUUGGCUCAGGUGGUAGGUGGGUCACAGGGUUCUCAGGUGAAGCUGUCCGACGGUUCAGUGAAGAUGGUAUCAGCUGCCGCGGCAUCGCACCUGACCAAACCUGGCACAACUACCCUGAGAAUGACCGGUGGUGUCAUCACUGCUGCCAGCUCCACCCCAACAACACCCAGCGCCACACCCACGCCUCAACAGGCACUCGAAGGUGCUAGUGGGUCCUCCGGCCAGUCGUUACCUCAGACGACGAAAGCGUCAUCGCAGCAUUCUGUGCUUGUAGCUGCCAGUCAGGCAGCGGUGAUCAAUGCCGCCAAGAACGCCAGCUUAGCCGCCAACGCAGCAAAGAGUUCUGCCCCCUCCACCGGUGCCGUAGCAACCGUUGCCAAGACGGUCAACAUGCCGCUUAUCGGUCUGUCGAAAGGAGCAGGGUCAGCUCUAGUAGGUGGGUCCAAAAGCACCAGCCCCUCACUGGUCACCACAGCAUCGCUGCUCGGAGGAGGGACGGUUAGCGGAAAGACUGCUGCCACCAUCUCAGGUAUGCUUAAGUUGCACCCAGCUCAGUCCAGUUCCCAGCAGACCGUGUUGACCAUCCCAGCCAAUCAGCUGAAGCAGCUCAGCGUGGGCAGUGGCUCAUCAGGGAUGCAGACCAUAUUGAUGCCCGUUGGUAAAGUAGUGCCAUCUGGCUCUAAAGGGGCAUCCAGCAGCGCAACAUCAACUACACCCGCUUCUUCAGCAUCCACACCUGUCGCUCAUGUUAAAACUGAACCUGGUUUGGUUAGCUCCACUUGUUCUACACCAGUACCUCAGACAUCUACACCAAUCUCUACGGCACCCCCCUCUGUUCCAACCACCCCUGUGUCCGCAGAUGGGGCUGCUACUGUUAAACUGGAGCAGGGCACAGAAUCCACGACACAUGAACUUAUAAACACUGAGCACAUAGAAAACAUGACGCAACUUCUGACAGCCAUUGUGAGGAAGUUCCCUCUGAUCGUCCCUGAAAAAAAUGAUGACUCUCAUCCGUUUUGCGCCACCUCUGUGGAUCAGUAUUACUCCUGGAACAUUGGCAAACGGCGAGCUGCAGAGUCGCAACGUGCGGUGGUGGUACGCCGCGUGUGUGCUGAUCUGCUGGAGAGGACCCCUCGCCUUCAGGCUCUCAGCCCCCCCAGAACUAAAGAGGUGCUACGCUGGUGCCGUCUCCGCGGUUACACACCCCCUGACCCGGAACCCCAGCGCACAGAGGAGAACUCAAUCGAGGACAUUCUCACACAGAUCGACAGCGAGCCCGAGUGCAGUUCAACUCUUUCGGGCUGCGAUGAGCUGUCGCAGCGACUAGAGCAACUUCAGAGGCUUCUAAAAGCGGAGCCGGAUGAGGACGACAAUGAGCCUCUUGACAUCAUCACCAUGAAAGACAUUGAUGCUGCAAAGGUCAAAAUCAAACAAGAACAAGAUGAGACUGAACAGGAACCAAAGUUUUUCUUGGGACGCUGCCCAUCGACCCAGUUCAUCAGAGACACUGCAGAGCAGAUUGGCGUCACAUUGCAGCAGGUGGAGGUGGAGAAGAACGUUUUUGCUCCGGUCAUGGAGACUAUGAUUCUUAAGGCUGUGGAGCAGUUCAUGGGUGAAAUCCUGAGGGAAUCUCUGGCCAACGCUCACGGAAAAACCCAGCAAAACAGGACUCCGAAGGAAAUAUCAGCUAUGGAUGUACAUCAAGCCAUCAGCUCUAUUCCCACCUGUGAUUUCCUUACUAACAGGUACAUGGGCACCCUGUUGAAGGAAGAAGGCCCUGCUGACUAACUUUUCUGGCAUUGGACCCCAGACAAACAGACAGACAGGUGGAUUGUCCAAUCACACGAUGACUCCACCCCUCACAUUCUUUAAGGGUGGAAAGUGCACAAGGGCUGGUCAAGCACUAGCAGAAAUCUCCUCUAAAAUGCAGGUGUCAUAAUGGACAUUAUCCACAUUUAAAAUGUCAAAACAUCACACUUAAUAUGAUGUUAUGCACUCAAAGGAUCGUAUAGUACUGUAAGCUCGACAUGCAGGCUGAAAAGCUGUGGUUUAGUACGACCACAUCACUCCAUUUCAUCAUUUUUGAGCUUGCUUUCUGUGUUAUUUAUGAACUGAGACCUACAGUAUAUUAAUAUAACCAUCAGCACAAUAACUUAAGUAUUAGACUUCUGAUAUAAUAUUAGAUUCACUUUCAUUCACCUCCACUCUCCGCAGGCCAAACUACAUUACAGCUGACACAAAGCUGUGUUUGUUUUAUUAGUCUUAACCAUUUGUACAAGCAUUGCAGGCUGGAAGAUAUUGACCCUGAACCAUUAAACAAUCAACUUUA